GUGUUGCGAUUAUGGCCGCCCGAUGGCUUACGUGCGGUUGGAAGCGGUUCCCUUUCUGCUACAGUCAUUCCUACCCUCUAUCUUUUUAUCCUGCUCUCACCUCGGGGGACUUACGGUUGGAGUUCGUUUCAAAGGAAUGUCAUGUCUGUUUUGUUUUGUGUGGCACUUACACAUGGCUAGUAGUGUACGUCCCGUUAUGCAGCGCAGGGGAGCAUUGGGACACAAGAUUUAAGCACCAUUUUCAUGUCGAUGACUUAGGCAGUAAACCUAAAACACCAACAAACAAAAAACAUCACAGAAACAAUCCUGCACUGACAUUCGUUUCCUUUUUUUUGUGUGGAGAAGUCUCAGUUUAACAUGGGAGUGCAUGAGGUGUAUCCAUUUCUCUUCCGCUUCUGGGCUUGCACCAUCGACUGGUGUGCGUACCGUUGCAGGUUUUCCACACACAUUUCCAAUUUCCUCGUCCAAUUUACGGCGGAUACUAUUAGAAUUAUCGGUCAUCACGUGAAUCCAGUAGAUUUUAAACACACAAAUGGCCUUGAUGGAUAGUAAGGAUGCGUGCAUGAUGGAUAUUGAAGCCAUUGUCGAACCUUGAAAUGUGUUGCAUCUCUUAUUAAGUAGUCAGCAAUAGCGUCAGCAAUUCUUCAGAUAGUCCACGUGUCCUUGCCUCAGCGAAUCAAGUUACCGACGACGUCCAUUUGAUCAAUGAACAGCGUCGAAAAGACGGAACUGAUUCACCAACAUUCUGAUACUGCAUUGUUUCUAUUUUAAUACAUCCAUACAUCCUCCACAGAAAAUGGAUCUCGUGGAAAACAAAACACAAAGCAGGUACGGGCCCAAGCAUAAGGUCAGUACAGGAAGUGGAAGUAAACAGUGAUGCGGAGUAGAUGCACCCAGAUUCUUCGACAGCGGUAAUCUUAUAUCGUGCGCCAUUUUCGGUAGCGUCCAUUAGUAGCUACGGGCAACGGUACUAGCAUCAUAUUAUAAAAGGACUGCUUGUGCUCGUGGACACUGCUCAGUAGUGUGCCAAACGUUGCCCAACAACGUUCAUCUCAGCGCGAUCUUUGCGUUCUAUCUCUUAUAAAAGGUGUCUGCGUAUGUGUUUGUUUGAAAAAAAGCUUUCCCUAAACGGCUUUGCAAUGAAAUGGUGAAUAGUUGUUAGCUGUGCUGUGUUCCGUAGGCUUCAGCAGAGAGCCACAUCGAAGGUUGUAGCGAUUUAUAUUUCUGCCUAACAAAUCAUGAGACUCACGCUGGUUGUGUGUGGUUUUCUUUUCGGAUUGAUACUAGCGCCAAUCGAUGGAAGAUUGAAAUAUGCUGAGGUGUUCCCAAACGAUGCUUUCCAGCAUCUGCUCAUAUCGUCAUCUGGCGGUAACUUGGAGGAGGACGAUCCAGACACUUCUCUCAAUAUAAAGGGAAGUUCGCACACCAGUGACAAAGCCAGAACGACGCGGCAUGGAACGGAUGGUAAAGAUAUGCCAACACUGAAACCUGUAGACGAUGGUGGUGAUCGACUGUCAUCUCUCAACUGCUUUCCGCUUGCUGACCGACUGCACAAAUACGACUGGGCUCGCUACUAUCUAAAGCAUAUGGCUACGGGUUCUUCAAGCAAGAGCCAACCAGAUGUAGCAGAUGGCGGAAAGGUAGACCAUUCCAGCCUGCCCGGGUACGCAGCACGUAAGCGUUCCGACUUUAACCGUGAGAUAUCUGCAGACCUGUACGCACAGUAUCCAUCUUCCUGUGCGUGUCAGACAAAGUACGAGCUGCUGGACCUUGGCUAUACGCACUUUCCACGCUACAUUGUGAACGCGAUCUGCCAGAACCGAAGCGCUAACAGUCGCAAAUGUUGGCGUGGUUCCAGCUGCAAGGAGAUCCCGUACAAGGUACGCGUCCUCACCAAGCGGACCGAUAACGAGUCGGGUGAGCAGGAUCACCAUUCAACGUUGCUGCCGGAACCGUUGCGGGAGUACUGGCGCUUCAAGACGGUUACCAUUGCGGCCGCCUGUCAGUGUUCGAUCUGACGGCCGCUAAUGUAUGGGCCGCCAGAACACGACAGGGAUGUUUGGAGGCAAUAGUGAAUUUCGGGGCAGCAAGGAAAUAAAUCGUAUCGGUUACGAGAUUCAAAAUACACGCAUGCUUUCAGCUCCAGGUGGUUUGCUUUUACUGUGCUAAGAGAUGUAGUAGUUGUUUUGUGAUCUGUGUGGGAGGGAGGGGAGAAGGCGAAUCGGGUAUGGGUGAAAUCGUGUGUGUGUGUGUGUGUGCGUUUGUUUGUAAUUUUUAAUUUUCUUUUGGGAAAAAGUUAACCUAUCAGUCACUUUCAUGUGAGAAUACCAACGAAUAAAGGAAAGAACCUCAUCU